AUGAGCAGUGGGCAAUCGUUGCAGUCGCCCGGCAAUCAUCUGGCCAGGCGAUUUAACAGUCCUGGGCCUCCUGACAGCGAUGAAGAGGUGCUUGAACAAGCCUUGGCCACAUUUCAAGCGGCACUCACCGAUGAUGAGCGAACAAAACUUCAACAGACGAAGGGCAGCCCUUGCGAUGCCGGGUCAAUCAUUCAAUUCACACACGCCUUAGACAGCCAGGAUCCGGCCCGACGAGGGAAAAGCAUGGCUACCAAUCUGUAUUCACUUUUUCAAAGUGUCCAGCAAUUUUACCAAAUAGUCGACACCUAUGUAUCGUCCCAUCCCGAGAUUGCUGCUCUCGUAUGGGGAUCGGUGAAGCUGACGUUUAUGGUCUUGGGAAACUUCACGUCGUAUUUUGAAAAGUUCUCUGAGCUUCUCCGAGGUUUUGGCCAGCUCGUUCCACGUUUUGCCGAGUAUCAAUCUCUUUUCCCCGAUUCGGUUCGACUUAGGAGUGCCACCUACAAAUAUCAGGCUGCGGUGAUUAAAUGCUGUUCGCAUAUUCUCAUUGCUACCCGACGUCCAUGGAAAAAGCAAUUGCUAGUGGUUUUAUCACAAUCAUUUCAGUCGGAAAUGCGGCCAUUCAUCGACGAUAUUCGUCUUAAAGCAAAGGACGUCAAGGGUGAGAUCGCGCUGGCAAAAGCUCAGGCCGAUCAUCAAGAACAGGUAUCACAGGCCGAGGAACGUCGGCAGGCAGGCAAGACUCGAAAGGAACUUGGUAAAUGGUUUUCACAGUCUGGACAGGAAAUGCAAGGGCUGCGACGAGAGGAGCUGAUGAGAGCUACGGAACGCAAAUGGGAUGCCCUUCUGGAAAAGCUGUCUGCUUAUGACCAUGCUGCGGCUUUCAAGAGAGCACGUUCCAAACGGCACAACGGGACAGCUGAAUGGAUAUUUAAUGCAAGUGAUUUUAAGGCUUGGUAUAAUGAUACUAAAUCAGCCGUACUACAUAUAGUGGGCAAGAUUGGAUGUGGCAAGACUGUUCUCACUGCAAAUGUAGUCGACUAUCUCAUUAAACAUAGGCAACAACAAAGCCAGGCCGUUGCAUUCUUCUUCGUCUGCUUCGACGACCAGACAAGCCAAGAGUCUGAGCAAGUGCUACGGUCAAUCAUACGACAAGUUCUCAAUCAUGGAUCUUGCAAUGACAAGUAUCUCGGCAUAUUAGAGAAGUCAAAAGACCAGUUCUUCAGUAAAGAAUCUCUAUUACAGCUUUGGAACGAAAUAGUCCAACCUUUUGAUGACUUUUUCUUAGUCUUGGAUGGGUUUGAUGAGUGUUCGUCGGCAGAACGCAAGAACAUAUUGGAUAGUGUAUCGAAGCUUUGCCAGGCAUGUGAUAAAACCACCAGGUUGAAAGCUCUGAUUUCGUCAAGGGGCAGUGUCACAGAAGAGAUCGACCGGAUCGACUUGCCACUUUUCCGAUUAACUGUUGAUGCCAGCAACAUUAACGACGACCUGGCAAGAUACGCCAAGGAGAUUUUGGACGAUAAGAUCUUUACGGGAGAGUUCGUCGUUCAAGAUCAGCUUCUGACUGCCGAGAUUCUUGAUGCUAUCAGCCUCGGUGGGGAGGGAAUGUUCCUUUGGGUUUUUCUGGCCCUCGAGGAUAUUUGCUCGCGGGUUACUGACCCGGAAAUACGAAAAGUCCUUCUCAACAUACCUAGGAAGCUUUCCGAUACAUUCAACAGGGCUCUCCAACGCAUUAUGAAGAAUGGGAAAACCGACAUAGCCAAAGAAAUUUUCAACUGGACUGCUACUGUUCGCUCACCUCUAACAUUGUAUCAGCUUCAGGAAGCGCUAGCCGUUGAGAUCGGUCAAACCUACUCACAGCCGGAACGCUACCUCAACGGGAUUGAGCGACUCACAUCCUGGUGUGAGAACAUGGUCCAUGUCGAAGAAACCGAUGAGACGGUACACUUUAUUCAUCACUCAAUUCAAAAAUAUCUCUUUGAUAUCUCUGACACUUCAUUGAGGUGUUUCCAAGUUGAUCCAGAGGAUGGGGACCACCUCGUUGGGGAAAUUUGUCUCACGUAUCUCGACUUCAACGAUUUCAAAAAGACAUUGGUGGAAGUAGUCAGUGUUGAGAAACCAUCGGUGGGUAUAGCAGACCAAACGGCGCGAAAUACGUUGAACGGAACAACCAGGGGAAAGAUGGCGCGGUUGGCCCAGGAGGGGUUUCGAAAGUCAAAGCCGCACGCAAUCACCUACACAACAGAUGAGAAACCCCAGCCUGACUCUACAUUUACCCUCGAACACCCGUUCUUCCAAUACGCCAUACAUCAAUGGCUCACGCAUACGAAACAUUUCAAUUCCGCAAAGUCAAAAACCUGGAAUUUGUGGAAAGACAUGAUCAGGAGCGAGUAUGCACCUUGGAUGGACCCGAACUGGCAGCCGCCAGGUGUCUUUGGCGUGACUCUCAUCAGACAUGUUCUCUACAGCGAUCAGUUGUGCACAGCAUGGGUCAGAGCACAGAGCCUCAUUUUGCACAAAGCUGUUGCAUUUGCGAAUUCCAUGGAGCAUCAGAAACUCAUUGAGCAGUUCUUUUCAAUGUUUCAGGAGCGCAAAAUCAAACUCAACUUGAAUGCUCUUGGAGUACUCAUUCAAGACGGAGAAAAACUUCUGAUAUUAUCAGAGGAUUUCCCUUUGAACUCUCAUCACUUGUAUGUUUCUCAUAAGAAUUUGGUCGCCAUGUUCACCAGGUACAUUGCUUCCGGUGGCACAACAUGGCCUGAAUAUGGCGAGCCUUGGUACACACAUUCCAAGUGCGAUAAUUUGAACGGGAUACAUCAAGACAUUUGCAGGAUGCUCAAAGACCGUCGGAACUUGGGCAUAGUUACAGUCGGCAAGCCAUGGCUACAGACGUUCGCAAAAGUUUCAAUCUCAGACCCGAACCAAGAUCUCCUCGGCUACAUCACCCAGGCAUUCAAAUCCUUGACUCCAGAAUGCUUUUUCGACGCCAGAACCCGCCUAAAGAAGACAAUCGUCAACCUCGUCCUCGAACGGGGCGGCGACUGGUCAAGAAAAAUAGCAACUUGGAUGUUGCACACGUAUCCAACCUCCAUUCUCAAACGGGACAGUUUGCGAUAUGCGCUCAAAACUAAAGAUGCAAACACGGUAGAGUUCUUGUUGCAAUCAGGGCAAGAAUAUUGGACAAGAAGCUGGCAAAUCGAUCAAAAAACGAUAAAACGUGCAAUCAAAUACACAGAUAUGUCCAACACACUUACAAAACAAUUCGUCAGGAAUUGUAUUCCAGUCGCAAUUAUCAAAGCACGAGAAGAGCGAGGUUUGAGGCACAAGAGGAGGAGUAAGCAAGAGCUGGAGUUUCUAGGCGUACAUGCAUCUGUUGCUUCAGAUGAAUGUCCGAGAAGUGACGAGGAGAUCAACGCAGAAAUGGAAGUCCGCAAGCAGGUCCUUGGCAUUGCCGUCGAUGAAGAUUGUUGGGAUGUUGCUCUUGCUCUGCACGAACUUGGAGCCCGUCUAGGGAAUCCAAAAGAUGCGCAACUUCGGCCCAACGAAACUGUAGAACGAGAUGCUUAUGAUGCUAUUUUGGAUUGCAUUGCUACCAGACAAGACGGCUGUUCUUUAAAGCUGCAGCAUAGGUGGAGAUCGUACUUGGUCUGUUGUGACAGGCACACCAGGCCUCUACGUAGUAGGCUCUUACUAGGAAAGACUGACGAGGAAAUACGAUACCUAAAUCACAUAUCAUUAGAUAUUUUGAGUUCAUGGGAGUCUUCUGGUUCUGAGGACGACUAA